CAUUUCCACCAAAUGAAAAAUUCUGAAUCGUGUUUUUUUUUCAGUGAAUAAAUAACAACAAAUAAAAUCAAAAAAGAACAAAAUCCUCCGAGGAUAAGAUUCGAUUAGCUACAAAAGUAAAAUAAAAAUCGUCGAAAUCCACCGAAAGCCUAUAAUUUAGAUUUAUGCAUUAGAUUAACGAAGGAAGAAUGAAUACAUCAAUAAAAAGGGUGAGAAUUAUGGUGUUGGGGGAUUCAGGUGUAGGCAAAACUUCCUUAGUAAAUCUCAUUGCUCACAAUGAACCACUGAAAUCUCCUAGUUGGACUAUAGGAUGUUCAGUUGAAGUAAAAUUGCAUGAAUACAAAGAAGGAACAAGAGAUCAAAAAACAUAUUUUAUAGAAAUGUGGGAUAUAGGAGGAAAUAAUAUAGGAAGAAACGAAAGGCAUGUUUUUUAUAACCCAUGUCAUGGAAUCAUUUUGGUGCAUGACUUCACCAAUAAGAAAUCUGAAGAACAUUUAAAUGACUGGUUGCAAGAACUCAUUAAUCGAGAAGGAACCAACACCUCAUUGACUUCCAUUACUAGCUUUGAUGAAUUCGAUCCUGAAAAUUAUAUGGGAAGUAAUCAAAUUCCUAUCUUAGUUGUUGGUACCAAAAUAGACCAGGCUAGUGAGAGAAAGCCUUGUGUUAGGUCCUUCGCAAGUCAAAUAGGAGCAGAUGAGAUCUUAUUAGACAACAGACAAACUAGAUAUUUGGCUGCUGGAACUUCAAAUGCUGUAAAACUUUCGAGAUUUUUCGAUAGAGUCAUUGAUUAUAGUAAUAGAUCACAAUAUACUAACUCAGUAUCAUCCCCGAUAUAUUCCUCUAAAUUUGUUAUACCUCAUCAAGACUAAUUUAUCAAAUAUUCUUUAAUAUUAUGUAUUUAUAAUUCGACGAAUUAAAUUUUUAUAUAUUAUCAUUACAUUAAA